AGGCAGCACGAGACACAGGGUUUCUUACAUCUGCAUCACUGAAGCAUUUGUGUAUUUUCCUACCAAUUGCAAUGCGGAUACAAAAUAACUGCUGAGCUGUCAAAAGUUUGCAAAAGGUCUAAGCAACUGUUGAUUUCCCCAUUCGCUGGCGGGCCCGUCAUGGCCGCUCGAAUUCAACCGUCGCGAGUUGUGAAACAAAUGUUGUUGAUCCGCACACCUUACGACAAUCACAAUCACCUCCCUCGGCGCACACCAGAUACAGAUCAUUGAAUUAAACAUGGCCUCAAAGACCUAUUCCGAUGAUCCACACCUCUAUCUCUAUACGAGUCUGACCUCGGGAUCCUCGCACAUCGUCACCGCUACCUCGCGGAUGGAGACCAUCCUCAAGGCCAACCGGAUCCCAUUCAAAGCGCUCGAUAUCGCGACGGAUGAAAAGGCACGCAUGCUAUGGGGAAGAAGAGCUGGAAAGGAUGAAUCUGGCAGACCCAGGAAAAUACCGGGGCUGGUGCAGAUGGGACUGGUCAUAGGAGAUCUCGUCGAGGUUGAAGAUUGGAACGAAUACGGCGAGCUGAAGCAACAUGUCAAGAUCGUGGGAAACUCAAAUAUGACACCCGUACGAACACCAGCCGUUACUCCUUCGAGCACACCUUCCAAACCCGCGGUUCAGAAGGAGAAUAUCAAGCCGGAGUCCGCUGCGGCCUCGACCUCGAAAGAAACCGAGACACCCAAGUCUUCUGUCCCUGAAGCCACACCCAUUACGUUGGCGCUACGUCAAGUAGGACAAGAAGCUGCGCAAAAAGCCAAAGAUAAUAAGAAGAAGCCGAUGGAGACAUUCUCGGGCGUGGGCAAGGCUGAACCAGCGAAAGACGAGAAGGCUGUACCCGCACCCAUAACCACCGAUUCAACUUCAGAUGAUGAGAUUAAGCAGAUUGAGGAGGAAGAAGCUAUUCCAGAGGAAAGCGAGGAGGAUGACGAUGACGACGAAAAAUGA